UGAAAGACUAAAAUUGGCCCAAAGAGUCAGAGUAGGAUGGCUACUGGGUCCCACAUAUAGGGCUUUAUAUAAACACAAACUAUCUGCACAAAGUGAGAAACAAUCAAAAAGGCUCUUUUCUUCUAUAAAGAAGAGAGAAACAUCCUGCUUUAAUUUCGGAUUCAGGAUUGAAGAACAAAAAUGGGAGGCGGUGGCAAUAUGACUGCUCCAACUGAAAAGAAGAAAACUCCUCUCCAAAGAGUGCCAUCUUCAAAGCCCCCUUUUACACUUGGUGACAUUAAGAAGGCCAUUCCUCCUCACUGCUUUCAGCGAUCUCUCAUUCGUUCAUUCUCCUAUCUCAUUCAGGAUCUCAUACUUGUCUCCCUCUUUUAUUACAUUGCCAACACUUACUUCCACACCCUUCCAUCCCCGUAUUAUUACCUAGCAUGGCCUGCUUACUGGAUCGCUCAAGGUUGUGUUUGCACUGGAAUAUGGGUCAUUGGUCAUGAAUGCGGCCACCAUGGCUUCAGUGAUUACCAAUGGGUAGAUGACACUGUUGGUCUUAUCCUCCACUCUGCACUUUUAACACCAUACUUCGCAUGGAAACAUAGUCAUCGCCGUCACCACGCCAACACUGGUUCCCUUGAGAAUGAUGAAGUCUACAUACCCAGGCUUAAAUCAAAACUAAGAUGGUACUACAAAUACUUGAACAAUCCACUAGGACGAGUACUAGUCCUUGCCUUCACCCUCACUUGUGCUUGGCCUUUGUACUUGAUAUUCAAUAUCUCUGGCAAAAAAUAUGACCGUUAUGCAUGUCACUAUGAUCCAUACAGCCCGAUAUAUACUAAUCGUGAGAGGCUACAGGUCUGCAUUUCAGAUGCAGGAGUGAUUGCAGCUACUUAUGCGUUGUAUCGUGUUACUUUGACACAAGGGCUAGCUUGGCUUGUAUGCAUCUAUGGGGUGCCCCUCCUUAUUGUGAACGGCUUUAUAGUGCUCAUCACUCUUUUGCACCACACUCACUCUUCGUUGCCACACUAUGAUUCAUCCGAGUGGGAUUAUCUAAGAGGAGCUCUAGCUACGGUAGAUAGAGACUAUGGGGUGCUAAAUAAGGUCUUCCACAAUGUUACAGAUACUCAUGUCUUGCAUCAUAUAUUUUCAUACAUAUCACAUUACCAUGCAAUGGAGGCAACCAACGCUAUUAAGCCAUUGCUAGGAGAAUACUACCAAUUCGACGACACCCCAAUUUUAAAGGCACUGUGGAGGGAUACAAAGGAGUGCAUCUAUGUGGAGAAAGAUAAAGAUAAAGGUGUUUAUUGGUACAAAAACAAGCUCUGAAAGUUGAAUAACAAGAAGUAUUCGUUCGGAAUUCGCUAAAUGACCCACAUAGUUGCAAGUAUUUUGGAUUGUGUUGUUUUGCUUGUAUUGUACCGUUACUGUUUGUUUUAGUUGUCACUACUAUGUAUAUUGUUGAAACCACUGUUUCACUACAAAAUAAAUAUCUAUGUACCACUAAAUUUGGUGUAAUGAAUGAGACUUUUUACUAUGAAAAUAAUUUCUUUUUAAUUGAAAGUAACUAUUAAAAACA